CUCCGAUACGAUACGUUCGCUUCCUGCUAAGUUUGAUCAGAAUCCUGCCAUUUCUUUAGGAAAUUAAAAUUUAGGGUUUUUUUAUCCUCAGAUUAUUGGAAUUGGAUUCGAGUGUGGAUCUUUACUAAUACUAUAUAUCAUGGAAGGAGACUUCUUCAGGUUUGAUGCGCAACGAGCACACAGUGAUGGUGGGUUUGUACUGACACAGAAGCCGAAUCUCAUCACAGUUCCAACUGAAGAAAGUGGGUGUUUUGAUUGCAACAUAUGUUUAGAGACGGCACAUGAUCCUGUUGUGACUCUCUGUGGACAUCUUUUUUGCUGGCCUUGUAUUUACAGAUGGUUAGAUGUUCAGAAAUCAUCUUCUCCUUCCAUUAUCCAGCAGCAGAACUGUCCUGUCUGCAAAUCUAACAUCUCUAUCGGUUCUUUGGUUCCUAUUUACGGAAGAGGCAUGUCUUCUUCUGAAGAUACGGUUAUUAUACCUCAAAGACCCGCUUCAUCAUCAUCAUCAUCAUCAUCAUCAUCCCCUUUGAACAAUCUGAUCAGUUCAGCUUCGUCUCUUAACCCUAGCUUGCAACAUCAUCAUCACCUUCAAGCUCAGUCUCCUCGUCAUUACGGUGGCUUCACUGCGGCGACGGAAUCAUCAACUGAUCUCGCUAAUGCAGUCAUGAUGAGUUUCUUGUACCCGGUUAUUGGAAUGUUCGAGGACACGAGGAUGUUUGGAACGUUUACAAACACUUUGGCUCAUCCUUACCGAAACUCUCGACUCGUCAGUGGGAACAACAACCAGAGGAUAGUGCAGCUAGAGAAGUCUCUACAUCGGGUAUCAAUCUUCUUCCUUUGCUGCAUUCUCCUCUGUCUCUUUUUGUUCUGAGUCACUACUUGUUUAUUCUUCUAGCUCUCGUGUUUUUUUUGUACAGUCUGUUUGUGAUCAUGUAAAUAGCUGUGCUUGGUCUUGAGCUGUAUAAGCCAUUGUUUGUCCCCUGUUGUAUUUGCCUAAAAACUAUAUAUAUAUUCAUACAUAGUUGUGCAUGUAUCUCCUCGGCUUGAAUUAUAUGUAUGCUCCAGAAACAGGUUAUGAUAUA